GCAUGUGAUAUGAUUAUCAAGUUUGACAGUUUGGAGUUUGAACAAGAAUCAAAUCUAGCCAUAGCAUUUCAAGGAAUUACUAGAUGUAUGAGUGAUGAUGAACUUCCGGUAAAAGUUCAAGCUUGUUUGGCUUUGCAAAGCAUGAUACGACAUGAAACAGAACUUCUCGAUCUAACGAAUCAAAUUGAUACUGAUACACUUGCGAGUGUAAUGGAAGAUUUUGUUGAAGCUUUUUCCAAGGAAUUAAGUCCUUUCGCUAUUCAACUAUGUGAACAAUUACGAAAUGCAUUCCUACGAAUUAUGCAAGAUUAUCAGAAUGCUCCUGCAGUUCCGGGAAAUGAAGACAUUUAUGAUCCUUCAUAUGAUGGUUGCGAAAAAACAAUGGCUGCUGCGGGUGUUCUUAAAACAAUAACUACCUUGAUUCUUAGUCUGGAAAGUACACCAGAAAUUUUGGCUCAAUUGGAAAAUAUACUAUUGCCUAUUAUUAGAUAUACACUAGAAAAUACGAUUACAG